AUGGGCCCUGUACCGCCUCCUCUUGCUGCUGCCAGGCCCGUAAUCUGCCAUGGGCCCCCGUACCGCCUCCUCAUGCUGCCUGCCAGGCCCCGUAAUCUGCCAUGGGCCCCCGUAUACCGCCUCCUCAUGCUGCUGCAGGUCCAGUGUGUCUCAUUGGGUCCCUGUACGGCCUCCCAUUGCUGCUGUCUCCAUCCGCCACACUCUGCCUUGUGCCGACUUUUCCAGGUCUCCUCCACACUUACUGUUGGGUUCCAUUUUGUGCAUAGGGUGCUGGAUGAUUACGGGCCUAACUAUACCAUUGCUGCUGCCAGGCCCGUAAUCUGCACAUGGGACCCCGUACCGGCCUCCUCAAUGCUGCUGCCAGGUCAGAGUGUUCUCAUGGGUCCCUGUACGGCCUCCCAUUGCUGCUGUCUCCAUCGACCACACUCUGCCAUGUGCCUCUUUCAGGUCUCCUCCACACUGCUGGUGGGUUCCAUUUUGUCAUAGGGUGCUGUAUGGCCUCCCAUUGCUGCAGCCUCCACCGCCA